CAUGAAAUUGCCAUUCGUUUCUGCUCUAUAUACCUGGGCAGAUAAAACAUAUUUUCCAAAUAUAUCUACCGACGUGAGUGUACAUAUCGCGACACAAAUUGCUCGAUUAGGUUUGUUCUCCUGCAAAUUUUUUCAGCCCAAUAUGUCACUGUGGUCGCAGCUGAGACCAAUGGAGUGGUGUAAGGCGGUCUACAGGGACUAUCAUUCGUGGUCAUUCGUCAAGUGCUCCUUGGCCUUUUGUGCCGGGGUGCUCCUCGUUCGAAGCCUCGACGGAAAAUUGCCGGACGGCAGCUUGGCUCCAGAGAUUUCGACCUAGAAA